CUACCACAACCGAGAUCUACUUACGUAGUCAAAAAUAAAAAGUUUAUCAACUAGAAAAAUGAGUAAAAUUGUGCUAAUCCUUCUCAUGGCCAUGAUCAUGACAAUUGCCCUUGCCAAAGCUAACCCAGUACCAGAAGCAGAACCACACUUUGGUUUAGGCUAUGGCGGCUAUGGAGGUUACGGAGGUUAUGGAGGCUACAGAAGUUAUGGAGGUUAUGGAGGAUAUGGCGGUUAUGGAGGACUCGGUGGAUAUCGUGGAUACGGAUUCUACUAAGUGUCACCAUCAUCCCCGUGACUAAGAUUUCGUUUGAUUGUAUUUAACUUUUAUAUUUUAUUAAAAAAUACUAUUGAUUAAGAAGA